GGACAUCGCGGGGCCCGCGGCCUCCCCCGCUGGCACAGCCGGGGCACCCCCGGGCGAGGGUCCGCGGUCGCUGCCGCCUCAGGCCUGGGGACCGGGCUCAGCGGAGCGAACGUUGUGGGGGGGGACAGGCCUGGAGGUGACAGCCAGGCGCCUUGUUAGGACGCGCUGCAAUCACUAGAAACUCUGAAAACCGCAGCAAAGACCGGGUGUUUAUUUUGCACUGCUCAUGACUUGCCUUCAGCUGAUGGGUUUGAAUUACUGAGUCAGUGUUCCAGGCUUGCUGACAAAUGGAUGACGGCUAUUCUAGAGAGCUUAACAGCAGCGGUGAUAAUUUUGGAGAUGAACAUCUCAAAAAGAGAAAUUCAUCUGGUUCCAAUUCAUCAAAAGAGAUCAGGAAAGCUGUUGAAGAGUGUCUCUUAGCAUCUUCAAGUACUCUUGAUAUCAGCAGAAAAAAUAUUAAGCAUCUUACUGAGGAAAUAUAUAGGCUGCCCAACAUAAAGCACUUUCAUCUGGAAGGAAAUGUCGUAUCAACGAUUCCCGAGGAUUUAUUUCAGAAGCUGCCACAUCUCGUUUGGCUGGAUCUCCGGUAUAACAAGAUUAAAGCCCUUCCUCCUGGAAUCGGUUACCACAGGCAAUUGAAAACUCUGCUUUUAGAAAGGAAUCCUAUAAAAGAGCUGCCCACAGAACUUGGAAACUUGACUUCAUUGACAGCCUUGAACCUGAGACACUGUCCCCUUGAAUUCCCACCUAAAGAUGUCAUACAAAAGGGGUUAAAAUCCAUCCUGUGCUUCCUUCGGGAUUCUGGGAAUGGCAAACUGCACUGCACGGAGCCAGCCCCGUCGGGAUUCGGGGAACCUCCUGAGCCUCUGGACCCAAGCCCUCGUCUGUCUUACGGUCUCUCAGCUGGAGAAGUGCCACCUAUUGAAAAGCUCAACCUAAGUGAAGUGUUGCAGUCCAAUUUGGAUUUGUCAGAGGAGUGGCCUAAUGAAGAGGAAAAGCUGAGAUUUCAGAAGCUAAAAGAAGAAAUUAUAAAAGAUGAAGAAUGUCUUGCUGACAAACAUGUAGGUGCAACGCAGGAUUUUACUGAAGCAGGGAAAAGGCACAGAGAGAACAAGUCAGCUCAUCUUUGCAGCAAUAAAGAAAUGCUUCAGGAAUGGCACAGCCAAGCAAAGCUGAUGAAAGGAAAAAGAGAAAUGUUUAGAUUUUCACCUGCAAAUGCAGACACGAUACCAAAAAGUACACCAUAUGCCAUGUAUGACAUUGGUUGUUAUGCCAUGAAAGAGGGAGCUGAGAAAUGGGACCGAGCACCUGCAAUAAAGGAAGAAAAGUUGCUGAAAGUAAAAGUUGAAGCUGCAAAGUAUCUCAGAGAACUGAAACUGGAACAGCGCCUCAGACAGCACAUGGGCAUGAUGAAAGCAAGAGGAGAAAAGUUAACAGGAACAUCCCAAGUGGGAGCAAAGGAAGGAGAACAAGGCAUCGAGAGAGUGAGUGUCUUCUCUUUUUCGGGAAAUGCGGUAAACCCAGUGCUCUGUGCUGAUGAACACUUGUUAGUGGCAGAAUUGGCUGACUUGUCUUAA